AUGGUUCACAGGUCCACAGAUUCUCGGCUCCUCGCACACCUUAUUACAAAUGAAAAACAAUAUACGAGCAAUCUACAGGGACUUUUGGUUCAGUCAAAUGCCUCUGUGACCUCGUUAGAGGCAUAUGCGGCGUCGUUUCCACCACCUUUUUCAUCUCCACCUCCCUCUUUUGCGCUUACAGUCUCAACAAAGACCACAAAUUUCCAAGACCCAUUCCCAAACUCGCAAGUUAUCCUAAAUCUUGCCAAUACGUUACGGAACGCGGAUGAAGCGUUCAGAGUGUACGUCGGAGCCGUAGAGGAAUGGGUAAGGCUUUUAGGCGAGCUGAAAGACUUAGAAGAUGAGGUUGGAGGUGUUCUGAGAGAUAGGGAAAUACUCGUAACCCGUCUAUUGAAAGCAUCAAAAUUCACGCCAAAACAAUCACCAUUUGCAGUGUUUCCCUCAUCUCCUCCUGCUUCGUCUACCUCUUUACCUGGAAAAACUACCAAGAAACUUCACCUAGCCCAAGCCGAGCUCCAAGCCUGCGAAGCUCACUUGGCCAGGAAAGAGGCCGAGCUGGAACAUAAACGCGCUUCUGUAAUAUGCGGUGCAUUCAAAUUAAGAUUCCAUGCGCUCGCGGAAUGUGGCUGGCGGUGGAUAAAUAUUGGAAAAGAAGGAGAGGUAGUGCUUGGCUCUAGAGAUGGGCAAAUGCAAGGUAUUUUGACUUUUAUUUAA